CCAAGCUCGGUGAAGGAGACAAGUUCCCACCGCCGGCUCGGCUGGGCUCGGCUCGCCCAGCCCACCUUCCCGCGGCGGCCGCGAGCCCCGAUCGUAUCCCUCCCUGCCCUCGUGGGGGAGCACGGACCGACUUGCCUGAAGAAAAUGCCAGUGCUGUGGUUGUGACCGUGACAAGAGAACGUGCAGCUGGAGCAGGCAGACGGGGAUGAGGAAAAGCAUGCUUUGAAGAGAAGAAUAAACCCGCGACCCCAACCCUUUCUGCACGUUGGUGCUAUUACUUGUGGGGUCCGUUUGCUCUCGUUCCCUCCCGCCCCACCGCGGAAGAAACCUUGCCUUGAGGGCUGAGAGCCAGCCCCCUGCAGCCGGGCGACGCUUCUGGGUCGGAGGACCUUCGGAUGUAGCGUUGGUGGAACCUUCAGAUACUCUCCUCUGGAAAAGCCACCAUGAAUUCGGUAGCUGGGAAUAAAGAGAGGCUUGCGGUCUCCACCAGGGGCAAGAAAUACGGGGUGAAUGAAGUCUGCUCGCCCACCAAGCCCGCAGCGCCCUUCUCCCCGGAAAGCUGGUACCGCAAAGCAUACGAGGAGUCGCGGGCCGGGAGCCGGCCCACUCCUGAGGGCGCGGGCUCAGCGCUCGGCUCCUCGGGGACCCCGUCUCCCGGCUCGGGCACCUCGUCCCCGAGCUCCUUCACCGGCUCCCCGGGACCCGCCUCCCCCGGCAUCGGCACUAGUUCGCCGGGUUCCCUGGGCGGCUCGCCCGGCUUCGGCACCGGCUCCCCGGGCUCCGGCAGCGGCGGCGGCUCCUCCCCCGGCUCGGACCGCGGCGUCUGGUGCGAGAACUGCAACGCCCGCCUGGUGGAGCUCAAGAGGCAGGCCCUGAAGCUGCUCUUCCCGGGGCCCUUCCCGGGCAAGGACCCUGCUUUCUCGGCUGUGAUUCACGACAAACUCCAGGUCCCCAACACCAUCCGGAAGGCAUGGAAUGACCGGGACAACCGCUGUGACAUUUGCGCCACUCACCUGAACCAGCUGAAGCAGGAGGCCAUCCAGAUGGUGCUGGCCUUGGAGCAGGCAGCUGGCAGUGAGCACUACGACGCCUCGCCCGGCUCCCCGCCACUGCUCUCCAACAUCCCCACCCUGGUGGGGUCCCGGCACGUGGGUGGGCUCCAGCAGCCCAGGGACUGGGCCUUUGUGCCUGCCCCCUAUGCCACCUCCAACUACACAGGCUUCGUCAACAAGCACAGCAGCAAACCCAGCAGCCUUGGGGUCAACAAUGGGGCGGAAAAGAAGAGUGGAUCCCCCACCCACCAGGCCAAGGUCAGCCUCCAGAUGGCCACCAGUCCAAGCAAUGGGAACAUCCUCAAUUCAGUGGCCAUCCAGGCUCACCAGUACCUGGAUGGCACCUGGUCCCUGUCGAGAACCAACGGGGUCACCCUGUACCCAUACCAGAUCUCCCAGCUGAUGACAGAGAGUGGCCGGGAGGGGCUGACAGAAGCAGUGCUGAACCGCUACAAUGCAGACAAGCCUUCCGCCUACGGCGUCCCAGCCUCCCAGGGCUCCUGCGUGGCCAGCGAGACUUCCACAGGCACGUCGGUGGCCGCCUCCUUCUUUGCACGAGCUGCCCAGAAGUUAAAUCUGUCUUCUAAAAAGAAGAAACGUCGGCCCACUUCUUCCGCCGCCGAACCACCGCUCUUUGCCACCAGUUUCAGUGGGAUCCUGCAGACCUCCCCUCCCCCAGCCCCGCCCUGUCUGCUGAGGGCUGUCAACAAGGUGAAGGACACCCCGGGGCUGGGCAAGGUGAAAGUCAUGCUUCGCAUCUGUUCCACCUUGGCUCGAGAUACCUCAGAAUCCAGCUCUUUCUUAAAGGUGGACCCACGGAAGAAGCAGAUCACCUUGUACGAUCCCCUGACUUGUGGAGGUCAAAAUGCCUUCCAAAAGAGAGGCAACCAGGUUCCUCCAAAGAUGUUUGCCUUCGAUGCAGUUUUUCCCCAAGACGCCUCCCAGGCUGAAGUGUGUGCAGGCACCGUGGCAGAGGUGAUCCAGUCUGUGGUCAACGGGGCGGAUGGCUGCGUGUUCUGUUUCGGCCACGCCAAGCUGGGAAAAUCCUACACCAUGAUCGGAAAGGAUGAUUCCAUGCAGAACCUGGGCAUCAUUCCCUGUGCCAUCUCUUGGCUCUUCAAGCUCAUAAACGAACGCAAGGAAAAGACCGGCGCCCGUUUCUCAGUCCGGGUUUCGGCCGUGGAGGUGUGGGGGAAGGAGGAGAACCUGCGGGACCUGCUGUCGGAGGUGGCCACGGGCAGCCUGCAGGACGGCCAGUCCCCAGGCGUGUACCUCUGCGAGGACCCCAUCUGCGGCACGCAGUUGCAGAACCAGAGCGAGCUGCGGGCCCCCACCGCAGAGAAGGCUGCCUUCUUCCUGGACGCCGCCAUUGCCUCCCGCAGGAGCCACCAACAGGACUGCGAUGAGGACGACCCCCGCAACUCACACGUGUUCUUCACACUGCACAUCUACCAGUACCGGAUGGAGAAGAGCGGGAAAGGGGGAAUGUCUGGAGGCCGCAGCCGCCUGCAUCUCAUUGAUCUCGGCAGCUGUGUGAAAGCUCUUAGCAAAAAUCGAGAAGGAGGCUCAGGACUGUGCCUCUCGCUGUCUGCUCUGGGCAAUGUCAUCCUGGCUCUAGUCAAUGGCAGCAAACACAUUCCAUACAAAGAGAGCAAGCUCGCCAUGUUGCUGCGGGAGUCUCUGGGGAACAUGAACUGCCGUACCACCAUGAUCGCACACAUCUCGGCCGCGGCCGGGAGCUACGCAGAGACCUUGUCCACCAUCCAGAUUGCAUCGCGAGUCUUGAGGAUGAAGAAAAAGAAGACGAAGUACACAUCCAGCUCCUCCGGCGGGGAGAGCUCCUGUGAAGAAGGCCGCAUGCGCAGGCCCACCCAGCUGAGACCCUUCCACACCAGGGCCACGGUGGACCCCGACUUCCCCAUCGCUCACCUGUCCAGCGACCCCGACUACUCCUCCAGCAGCGAGCAGUCCUGCGACACCGUCAUCUACAUCGGGCCCAACGGCACGGCCCUCUCUGACAAGGAGCUCACCGACAACGAGGGCCCCCCAGACUUUGUCCCUAUUGUGCCAGCCCUGCAGAAGACCCGGGGCGACAGCCGGCCUGCAGAGGGAGGAGAGCCUGCAGCCGGCAAGUCAGAAAGGGACUGCCUGAAGUGCAACACGUUCGCUGAGCUGCAGGAGAGGCUGGACUGCAUCGACGGCAGCGAGGAGCCCAGCAGGUUUUCUUUUGAAGAAGUGCCUGCUCAGUGUGGGCCAGAGCAGGCAAGCAGAGGCCCCCCGUUAAGCCAAGCAGCUGGGGCAAGCCCACUCUCUGAGUCUGAUAAGGAAGAUAAUGGGUCCGAAGGUCAGCGGACCGACAGAGAAGGCCCAGAAAUCCCAGCCUCCAAGAUGCAGAGGAGUCACUCACCUGUGCCCACCGCAGCACCCGCCCAUAGCCCCAGCCCGGCCUCGCCCAGGAGCAUCCCAGGCAGCAGCAGCCAGCAGAGCGCCUCUCCGCUUGUGCAGAGCCGCAGCCUCCAGAGCAGCCGGGAGAGCCUGAACUCCUGCGGCUUCGUGGAAGGCAAGCCCAGGCCCAUGGGCUCCCCCAGGCUGGGCAUCGCCAGCCUGUCCAAGACCUCGGAGUACAAGCCACCCGGCUCUCCUUCCCAGAGAUGCAAAGUCUACACCCAGAAGGGGGUCCUACCAUCUCCCGCCCCGCUGCCUUCCUCGGGCAAGGAUUCUGGCGUGGCGUCUAGUGAGUCCUUGCUGCAGCCCGAGGUGCGUACGCCCCCGGUUGGAAUGAGCCCCCAGGUUUUGAAAAAAUCCAUGUCUGCUGGGAGCGAAGGGUUCCCGGAAACUCCUGUCGAUGAUGAGCAGCAGGCAGCUACUCCUCCAGAGUCCGAGAAGGAGAUCCUGAGCACCACGAUGGUGACGGUGCAGCAGCCGCUGGAGCUAAACGGUGAGGAUGAGCUGGUGUUCACGCUGGUGGAGGAGCUGACCAUCAGCGGGGUCCUGGACAGCGGCCGCCCCGCCAGCAUCAUCAGCUUCAACAGCGACUGCUCUGUGCAGGCCCUGGCCUCGGGCUCGCGGCCCGUCAGCAUCAUCAGCAGCAUCAGCGAGGACCUAGAGUGCUACUCCGGCAUGGCCCCCGUCUCCGAGGUCAGCAUCACACAGUUCUUGCCCCUCCCGAAGAUGAGCCUGGAGGAGAAGGCCCAGGAGGCAGGGAGCAGACGCUCUUCCAUCAGCUCCUGGCUGAGCGAGAUGAGUGCGGGCAGUGAGGGGGAGCAGUCAUGCCACAGUUUCAUAGCCCAGACGUGUUUUGGGCACGGGGAGGCAAUGGCAGAACCCGCGUCCUCGGAGUUCGUCAGCGGCAUCCAGAACAGCGCUGUGGUGUGCAGAGAGAGGCCCAAGGCCAGCCCCGACAACUUGCUCAUCCCAUCUGAGAUGGGAGAUGACUCUUUCAACAAAGCAACCCUCAUCAAAGGCUGCAAAAUAUCCACCCUGGGCAAGGCCAUGGUCACCAUCUCCAACACGGCCAAUCUGAGCAGCUGUGAGGGGUACAUCCCCAUGAAGACCAACAUCACGGUUUACCCCUGCAUUGCCGUGAGUCCCCGGAACGUCCAAGAGCCCGAGGCCCCCACUGCCACCCCCAAAGCAGGCCCCAUAUUAGCCCAGUCCCAGGAGAGUAAGGAAAACAGUAGCAAGAAAGAGAUGACAUUUGAGGACCCCUGGCUGAAAAGAGAAGAGGAAGUAAAAAAAGAGAAUGCUCAUCCCAGCGAAGAAGGGAUUAGGUGUGAGACUGCCACGGGCGCCUCGAACGCGGAGACCAGAGCUGAGCAGGAGCAGGACAGAAAGCCCAGCCCGGGCGACAGGCUCAGCAGCAGCAGCGGGGAGGUGUCGGCCUCCGCCGUCACUGACAACUUCAGGAGGGUCGUGGACGGGUGUGAGAUGGCCCUGCCUGGUUUGGCCACCCAGAGCCCCAUGCAUCCCAACAAAAGCGUCAAGUCCAGCAGCCUUCCCAGGGCGUUUCAGAAGGCCAGCCGGCAGGAGGAGCCGGACAGCCUCUUCUACUACUGCGCUGCCGAGACCAACGGGGUGGGUGCAGCCUCGGGCGCCCAGCCCUCCAAGGCUACCCUUGAGAGGAAGGUGGCUUCCCCCAAGCACUGUGUCCUGGCUCGGCCCAAAGGGACUCCCCCGUUGCCCCCUGUCCGAAAGUCCAGCCUGGACCAGAAGAACCGGGCCAGCCCUCAGCACAGUGCCAGCAGCAGCGGCACCAGCAGCCCCCUGAACCAACCAGCCGCCUUCCUGGCGGGCCUCCCAGAUGAGCCUGGCGGCAAGACGAAGGACGCCAGCAGCAGCAAGCUCUUCAGUGCCAAGCUGGAGCAGCUGGCCAGCAGAACCAACUCCCUGGGCAGGGCGACGGUCAGCCACUACGAAUGCCUCUCCCUGGAGCGGGCCGAGAGCCUGUCCUCCGUGAGCUCCCGGCUGCACGCAGGCAAGGACAGCACCAUGCCCCGCGCGGGGAGGAGCCUGGGCCGCAGCGCCGGGACCUCGCCCCCCAGCUCUGGGGCCUCCCCCAAGGCCAGCCAGUCCAAGAUCUCCGCCGUGAGCAAGCUCCUCCUGACCAGCCCCAAGGCGCGCAGCCUGUCCACCUCCACCACCAAAACCCUCAGCUUCUCCACCAAGUCCCUGCCGCAGGCGGUGGGCCAGAGCUCCAGCUUGCCCCCCGGCGGGAAGCACAUGUCCUGGUCCACGCAGUCCCUCAGCAGGAACCGGAGCUCAGGCCUGGCCUCCAAGCUUCCUCUGCGGGCCGUCAAUGGGCGCAUCUCGGAGCUGCUACAGGGUAGCACGGGCGCCCGGGGCUUGCAGCUGCGGGCCGGGGCCGGGCCCGAGGCCGAGGAGCGCGGGGCGGCCCUGGCUGAGGACAAGCCCGCGGCCGCGCACCUGCUCCCGUCGCCCUACAGCAAGAUCACGCCCCCGCGGAGGCCCCACCGCUGCAGCAGCGGCCACGGCAGCGACAACAGCAGCGUGCUGAGCGGGGAGCUCCCGCCGGCCAUGGGGAAGACGGCCCUGUUCUACCACAGCGGCGGCAGCAGCGGCUACGAGAGCAUGAUGCGGGACAGCGAGGCCACCGGCAGCGCGUCCUCGGCGCAGGACUCCACGAGCGAGAACAGCAGCUCCGUGGGCGGCAGGUGCCGGAGCCUCAAGGCUCCGAAGAAACGUUCCAAUCCAGGUUCUCAGAGACGGAGGCUUAUCCCAGCACUAUCCCUGGACACCUCUUCCCCUGUGAGAAAACCCACCAACAGCACAGGCGUCCGCUGGGUGGACGGCCCCCUGCGGAGCAGCCAGAGGGGCCUUGGGGAGCCCUUUGAGAUUAAAGUCUAUGAAAUCGAUGACGUGGAGCGCCUGCAGCGGCGACGAGGGGGCGCCAGCAAGGAGGUCAUGUGCUUCAACGCCAAGCUGAAAAUUCUGGAACACCGCCAGCAGAGGAUCGCCGAGGUCCGCGCCAAGUACGAGUGGCUGAUGAAGGAGCUGGAGGCGACCAAACAGUACCUGAUGCUGGAUCCCAACAAGUGGCUCAGUGAAUUUGACUUGGAGCAGGUUUGGGAGCUGGAUUCCCUGGAGUACCUGGAGGCCCUGGAGUGUGUGACGGAGCGCCUGGAGAGCCGUGUCAACUUCUGCAAGGCCCAUCUCAUGAUGAUCACCUGCUUCGACAUCACCUCCAGGCGCCGGUAGAGGAGCCAGCCCCUUGUCCUAGCGGUUCCCCGCUCCCCAGGACUUCAGAGACAGUGCACGCCCCUAGGCCCUCUGUGCCGGGGCAUCAAAGACAAUGAAUGAGGAUGAAGGUUGGUGGCAAGUCUGGAGCGAGCGUUGAGCGAAGGCGAGUUUUCUUUUCUUUUGUUUUCUGUAGGAAAGGCGCAAACGUCAAACACCCAUGGAAGGAGAAAAGGAUGGGAAGCCCGAGGGGUGUCCGCCCUGCGAGACUGAAAAAGCACUUUGAGGAACCUUACCUUGUUUGUACAUAAGAACUGCUAGUGAACGAGACCUCACUCUUCUCUUACUUUCGUGAGAGAGGAGCGGGGCGGAUGUAGGAUUGCUGUGGAAAGUGAACACAACAACAAAAAGACCCAGAAUGACUGAUUAAGUGCCUUGCAAAUCUUUAUUAUUAUCCAAACAUUUAUGUUCAUACUUUCUUGUGUACAGAUGGUGCUAGUCAAGAUGAAAACAACAAAACAAAAACAUUUUGGAAAUGUAUUCACAGCUCGUUUUCUCUUGGUGUUUUAUCCUAUUUCUGACUUGCUGUUUCUAAGUAAGUUGUGUUUGUAGAGCUAUUUCCUAAUCAGUAUUGCUUAUGAAUAAAUGUUACCUGUCUUUUAUGGUUAUUCUGGUGAGGCCACUCAAACAGAACAAGAGGCUUCCUCGGCACGAGCCAGUGUGUGUUUCCAAAGUAGGUUUGGAGCAGCAGGUGACCUCGAUGCCAUGUCCCAACAAGCAGCGUGGUCAGGGCAGACCCAGAAGGUUGAUUGUGGGGCAGGUGCUUUAGAGAACGGGCAAGGAGCCGGACGCUGCAGCAUUGGGGAGGAGGAGUCCUUUGCGACCUGGGUCCUCCCUGCUCCUGGGAGGUGGGCUGUGUGUUCUGUAGACAGUUUGCCCCCCUCAAGUCCUCACACACAUAUGGUUCCUUGACCCACAAAUCCACAGUUUGCCUGGCCCUCAAAAUUCGUAUUCAUUUUUAUUCCAAAGACUUGAAGGAAAGCUGGAACCAGUUCACCAGAGCUGUAUUUUCUAGUGUUGUGAAUUGACUAAAGUAGGAUUUACCCCAGCUGAGAGACCUCCUCAGGCUUGUUCAGAGACUUCACCUGUAUUGGAUUAGAACAAGGGUUCUUGAGACGGUACAUCUUGUCUGUUGUCCAGAGUCCAAGGAUUUCAGCUCUCCUACGUCCCAGAGCCUCUACGCCAAGAAGGGACGGGCUUGUCCUCUCAGUCUUUGCCCCUCUACCCAAAGGCAGAGCUUCCCUCCAUAACUCCCACAACCCUGGAUAUCAGUCUUUGCCCCUACCCAAAGGCAGAGCUUCCCCUCCAUAACUCCCACAACCCUGGAGAGGCAGAACAUAGCUGAAGAGAUGGAUGUCCAGGUUUUGGCUCCCAAUAACUCAGGACUUCAAAUUUAGGUGUUCCUCCCUGUAACAAUUCCCUUAGGAAUUACACCCAUUUUAGUGAUCGAUAGAAUCCCCAGGUCCAGAGUGGUCAAGGGAUUUGCCUGAUCAAAGCUGUGGUGCUGAUAGAACAGCCUGGAAGCCAGGAGUCCCUGCAGCCUUCACAUCAAGGACAGUGCUUAGGCAUUUGCAGAGUACGCUUCCCUUUUGCCCUCAAAUGCAGCAUAUCUUCAUGAGCCUGUUUCCAACUAGGCUGCCUUUAUUAACCAACAACUCAGCCCCAGCCACUCCCCAAGGGGGGAAAAAAACGCUACAUUUCUGGCUCAGUGUACCUCUGGACGCUGCAGCCCACACAGCUGGCUGAACUCGGUAAAUGGGAACCAAAGUCUUGUGAGCUUCACAUGAUCUGCUCCUUUGUUAUCAGAACAGGGUUCAGGUGGCCCUGUUGGCGGAAGCCAGCUCCUGGGUCACGAGUCUGGCUUUGCACCUUUCCUAAGAGUCUGCUUCUGUACAAACAGGAGACAUGCCCACAUCUGCCAGCUGAACAGGCUCAACUGCAGGGAGAGGCUGCUCUGGCAUGGCUCAGUCUCCCUUCUAUGCAUCUCCCAAGUCUGAUAAGUUUGUUGCCCUAGGAAGCAGGACCUCCCUAAGCUCCUGCGCCUUGACCCCAUUCUGCAGGACAGUCGCGUGCUCUGGGCUCACCUCUGGCCCUCACAGCACUUGUGUAAGUGAGUUUGCUUAACAGUAAUAUCUUUGGAAGCGUCUGGACCCAAAGGGAAGCCAAUCCUUCGAGUUUUCCGUCGGGCAAUCUCUUUUGGUGGCUGGUUUUAAACGUGUAGUUCAUGAAAAGUCUUUAAUUGGAGAUUUUCAAAGGUGAAUAUUCUGUUUUUGUUGGAAACAAACUCAUCUGAUGGGUCAUCGGUGAGCUUGGUUUUCGCCGCUGCCACGUCCUCCCCUGAGGUUCCUUCCAUGCUGUGCCUCCUUUCUUUAGCCAGUGACAGAGCCUGGUGCCCUUGCUGGACUGAAACCGAUGGACUCCUUCCGAGGCGUGUGGCACUCGGCUUGCCUCCUGCCUGAAUUUAUCCAUUUGUAGCAACUUUAUGCUAUAAUAGAAGCUUGAAUAAAACCAAGAGUUCUCUUACCAAGUCAGACUGGCUUCCCAAGAUGCCCAUCACAGGACACCUCGCAGGAUCCCGCAGGCCGCGGUGAAGGAGAAUGUUUUAUGUUGAUGUUGAUGUUGUCUAUUCUCUCUCUCUUCUCUUUGCUUUUUUUUUUUUUGACCGAAAUAAGCUGCAAACAUGUUAAUUUACCAAUAUUGAUAAACCAGGUGAAGAAAUCGGGCAUUUUACAUUAUGAUGUGCUUGUUCCUGUCUCUGCCUAUAAACGGACGAUGAUGAUGAAGGAGGGAGUUCUGGCUGACCGUUCUGAAGCAGUCCCGGGCACGGAGUGACCAGACGUGAGAUAGUUCCAGGUCGCCUCUCGGUUUUGGUGACACAGAACCCGAGGAGGCACGGGGAAAAUGUCAAAAUGUCAAAGAACCUAUUUCUAUUUCAUUACCCACAAACGAAAGGACUAGAAAAAAAUAUUUGAAAUUCACAUUUAGAUGCAUAGGUCUUAAUUCCUUGUCUAAAACCUGUCCUCCUCACCCCCUGCUCCAAAUAUAGGAGGCGGAAGCAUUAGCAGCAGAGCAAAACUAAGAUCUGAAAACAGGCAAUGGUGCUAUUGUUUCCCUGGGAGUCCCUCCGUGUCGCACUGCAGGAUGGUGCUGCCUGCUGAGAGGGCGUGAGCGUUUGCUUCAUCACGGGCUUUCAGUUCCCACCCGCGAGUGCAAACUUUGAUCUUAUUGUCCUUGAAUUCCCCUCUGCAUCAUGGGGAAGCUGUGUCUUUCAUCUCUUCCGGAUUGGAAAUCAGAGCACUCUCCUGUUGUUUAUUCGCCAGUUGCCGUUCUUAACGUGGGGGAGCAUUAGGAUGCAAAUGCAGAGACGUGUCCGUCUUGACGAAGGUGGGAAUCCCUGAGCCGGAGAAGGGGCUCCCGCAUGAGAAGCUGCGAUAAAAAGCCAGGCAUCGCAGCGUGGGGAAUUCGGCAGGCAGGAAUCUGGCCUGGUUUGUCAUAAAUUAGCCUUAAACUUGAAGUCUACUAUAUUCUUAGAAGACGGCAGUGGCUUCAGUCCAGCCGCAUCUACCAUCCAGAGUAGAGGUUCAAAAAGUCUUAUACGCACCUACAAGUCUCACACUUGCUGCUCAGAUUUCUGACAAAAUCUCAAGAGUUCUGUUUGUAUUGACAAAAAAUGCAGUUGUGCUCACUUGGGUGUGUAUCUCAUGUCCUUGUAAACCAGCCACCUUCUCUGGAUCGAAGGCAAGGCUGGCAAGUCUGCGGAUUUGUUCAGUGCAAACACAGCCGCCUACAUCAUUGGCCACUGCUGAUUAUAUUGAGUGUUUCUAGGUUUUUUACGUUUCUUAUUCCAAAAAGGCUUUUAGACUGUAAAAUGACUAAAGAUGAGUUAAUUUCCAGACUGAAAACGAAGGAGUCCUGCCUUUACUCAUUGUUCUUUCCUGCUAGACUAGUAACCCGUUCUUGGAGCACACACAGAGUCCCUCGCUUCUAAAGACAAUACGUCUUAAACCCUGCAACCUUGCCAGUGAGAAAGAGGUUGAAAGUCCUGUUGGCUAUUAGCUGAGGCUAAGCCGUCUGCUGCCGCCGUCCCUGGGGCCUCCAUGCUGCCACCGGGGUGUGUGGCCCAGCUGUGCCCCCACUGGAGGACACUCUUCAGUGCCACCACAUGGGAGUCUGGGCGGGGAGGAAAGGCACACAGCCCACUUUUCUCUGCACCAAAUGAAACCAAGCUGGGUGUUCAGUGCCACUGAUGCAAGUAAAUGGGUCUCAGAUUUUGGGGGGGCUGGGGGGCAGGCGGUAGACACAGUGUUUCUUUGGAUUCUAAUAUCUCUUUUUCCACCUCCAGAAAGUAUCUGUCAACAUUGGUGGGUAACAGUUCAUAAAGUGCAUCGCUUAGCAAUCUUCCUGACAAAAUGACACAUUUUAAAAUUACAGGCUGUUCAUUAUUUCCAUCACAAUGCAAGCAUAAUUCUAAUCCAGGAGAAGCUAUUGUCAUUUAAGCUCAUCUUCUGAGAAAAAUGUUUUUCUGAAAAUUCCUAGAAACUAAUUUAUCCCUCUCUAAACAAACACAUUCUGCUUUUGGGUGGCCAGAAGCUGCAGCAACGUCCUAACACUGGACACAGUGGGGCUUGGGGCAGUAUCCAGCCUUCAUUGCAUACAAUUCUUAUUCUCUAAACACAGCUGCUCCCAAGGUCCACACGUGUGGAGGCGAGUACUGAAGCACCACACUCACACAUCUAUUCCAUGCAUACAUAGAAAUUACCUUCAAAGAAGCUUCCUUCUUUCAUUCCCUAUCCUGCUAACAGCCCACACUGUCAUAGUUGAUUUAUGAAGAAGUUAAAAUUUAUUUGUGAACUCAGGAUGUUGUUUUACGGCGUUGCGUGUGUUCUCUCAUUUACGUAUGCGUCGCGGUUGGAAAUGUUAUCCACGUGCCGUGCAUCGAGGUGGAGGUUUGCUGGAUCUGUCUGUGGCUAUUUUUUUUCCAUGUUUUUCUCACUCAAGCAAAGUCUGUUAGUGGAGACAUGCGCUGGGGGAUGGGGGGAGGACAGAUAAAUCAAGAGGAUAGGGAUUAGGAUCCAAUCCUCAAUGCACAGGGCUUAGUUCAAAAUCUAAGCUGUUUGUGUAGUAAGUAGCCAAAUGGGAAAGACUCCUUCAUUUUGAAUUUGAUGAGAAUGGGCUUGGAAAUCCACGUCCACCGGCUUGCAUGGAAGAGGAUCCAGCCUCUUCCCACUCGUUCGACAUUAAAUUUCUGAGGAAAGUUCUGACAUUUUUAGUUCCCUACAUUCCCUAAGACUCCCAUCCAGCCCCUGGUGCUACCGAAGGGAGUUUGGGAAAGCAGCCAAGAGUUCCUUAGCUUGGAUAUGUAUAGUACCUGUUUUUCUUUUGGUUUUUUGUUUUUCCUCUGGAAAAACCAAAGCACUUUAGUGAGUCUUACAGCCUUAAGGCAUUUUGUCCCCUCACUGGAUCCCCAAGAGGCAGGGAGGGGCUGGGUCAGUAAUCUCAUUUGAGAGGUAGCUAAACCUAGGAGCAAAGGCCUUGAGCUAGGAGCAAGGACACUGGGCCGCCAGCUUGGUUGUGUUACUAGCUAUGCAACCUUGGGCGAGCCUCUUCACUUUGCUGGGCCUCAGGUUCCCGAGUGGAAGACCAGGGGUGAGAACAGCUGCCCUUCUGGGAGAGCAUAAAGAGAAAGUGGUAUAAGUGAUGGGAAGUGCUUCGAAGACUUUAAAGCUCUGUGUAGGAGCUGGGGGUAAUCAUUUACCGAUGAAGAAACUGAAGUCUAGUCAUUGAUUGGCCCGAGUUCACAGAGUGGUUUUAUAGCAAAACGGGGACUUGAGUCCAGCUUGUUGGAUUCUUCCCAUUAGAUCAUAUUGCACCAGGCAUACGUGGACAUGAACAGAUAUCAUUCCUCUAAGGUGUGUGUACAUACAUGGAUGUGUGUGUACAGGAGAUACCUGAUGUGGUGAAAAGGCCAUAGGACAGCAAACCUGAGUUCUCAUCCAGCUUUGCCAGUCAUCCUGUCCGGGAUAUACUUCCUAACUCCUCUGGAACUCAGUUUUCUAACCUGUAAAAGGAAGACAUUGUGCUGGAUGACCUUUGUGGUUCCUUCAAGCUCUGGAUCUCGAAUUCCAUGAUUAGUAAUGUAUGUAUGUAUGUAUAUAUAAAUAUGCUUAUCUGUAGAAACGGGCCCAUUUGAAACGUGGAGGCGAGGCCUGCCCAGGUGCAUUUAUCGUGCCAGAAACAGCGAAUUCCUAAAUAAGUUCAUAAAAUCUUAUUUUACAAUUCAAUGGUAGUGCUUAAUGUUAUUGUCUGAAAUCCACUGUUUAACCGGAUGGAAGACUGGUGCCAUUUAAAACAUUAUUAGUUCACAAGUGUGUGCUGUUAAAAUUCUUUAAUAAAACUCAUUUGUUAUAGUCAGAAAUUCAACUCUUCUGUACUUGGGCAGGUCCCAGCAGCCCCUUGGCAGGCUGGUUUUGUGCAUGGGCCUUUGCAAGCUAUAUAAACGUUAGGUGUUGGCUUGAUUAUGAUAAAUAUGAGCAGGCUCCCUGGAGAACAGUCCAGAAAAAAGAGUUAUAGUUCUCACAAACUGGUGACAUGAGUCCAUUAAGCUGUGUGGCAUUUUCCAGUGUAAAGACAUUGUUUGCUGGCUACGAUCUCUGACUUUCUGUGGCAUAUGAGGUGUAAAAUGUUGUCAAAAAAGAAUCUGGUGUUAAAAUCAAACUAUGGUGGCAUUAAAUGUUCACUUCUAUUCUA